GUAUUUUUAAUAAUGGACACGAUCCAUAUUCUGAACACAUCAUUACCUGGCUACCAAUCACACAGCGAGCGGAGCUGAAUGUUCUAUGACGUCAUCGCCGCGAUAGCCUACAAAAGCGGCUCAGACUGGCAGAGGCGCUGACCGGAGACACCAUGAACCGAAAUCCAGACUCACGGAUAAGAGACACACAAACCAAGCAGAUCCAGGAGAGCAUCACCCAUGUGGAGAAACACUUCGGAGACUUGUGCCAACUCUUUGCAGGAUAUGUUCGUAAAACUGCCCGUCUGAGGGACAAAGCCGAUCUGUUGGUUAAGGAAGUCAGCCAGUAUGCAGACACAGAAACACCUAACUUAAAACAUGGACUGAAGAAUUUUGCAGAUCAGCUUGCCAAGAUUCAGGACUGUCGCCAAGCAGAGGUGGAAAGACUGGAAGCUAAAGUUGUUGAGCCGUUGAAAACCUAUGGCUCUGUUGUGAAACUGAAAAGGACCGACCUGAAGCUGACCCAGACUGCUCAGAACCGAGAGGCAAAGCAGAUGCGGCAGCUGGAGAGAAUGAGGCAGAGACACCCCUCAGACAGGCAGAUCAUUUCACAGGCUGAGAGCGAGCUCCAGAGAGCCACAAUGGAUGCCACGCGCACGACUCGCCAACUGGAGGAGACAAUAGACGUGUUUGAAAGGCAGAAGAUUCAGGAUAUCAAAAAAAUCUUUAUGGACUUUGUGAGUGCAGAGAUGAUCUUCCACGCCAAAGCUCUGGAGCUGUACACUACUGCCUAUCAGCAAAUCCAGAAUGUUGAUGAGGAGGGCGAUCUAGAGGUAUUCAGGACCUCGCUGCAUCUUCCUGACUAUCAGUCUCGUUUAGACAUAGUCCAUGCUAAUUCCAGAACAUCCUUAAACCGUACUGGAACAUCCAUGAGCAAAUCCGGGACGUUGCAGUCAAGGAAUCCAGUAUCACAGGGCAAAAGGGACUAUGAUGAUGAUGAGGAGGAAGAUGAGGAUGAGGAUUUGGAGGAUGUUACAGAUAAUGAGAAUUAAACUGAGUAUAAGCAGAAUGACUCCACCUUGUGCCACAGUAUUUAACAGUGUUAUAAUUAAUUGUACUAAAUUCCAUAGUGAUCUUAUGCCAAGUUUACACUACAUGAUUUUCAUCCUAUUUUUCUACUUGUUCCAUCAAAACAUUUUCCAAUAAAUUGUUUUCCAUACAGAGAGGGCGGCUGUGACUCUUUCCAUAAAAGUAAAAUUGUUUUUCUGCCUAUAAAUGCGGAGGAUAAAAUCAUUUUAGCUACUACUUUGCCAAGUUUACAUUCAGAGGUGUCAUCUAAAAUCAUUAGUCUUGGAGAAAGUGGUAUAUUAACAUAUUGAUUUAAAUACCAUGAUGUAUAAUUUAAAAGAUAAACGCAUUGAUAAAACAAAUUAUUUU